AUGGACUGUCUCGGCUACGUGAGCGCUGGUAGCGAGGCGGACCAGCCCGACGACUCCUGUUGCGAGGGCGUCCUGGCGGCGGCGCAGCUCGGCCUUCCCUGCCUCUGCGAGGCCCUCCACGAGGCGGCCUUCAUGAAUGUCAACCUCAACAUCUCCCGCGCCGCCCGUCUCGCCGCCGCCUGCCAUGUCUACGUUCCCCCCUCCACCAGCUGCAACGGUACAAUGGAUGCGGGCAUGUGAUAAUGCACUCUCCGUGACAUAAUUAUUAUUUAGAAGUAUAUUGUAGAUAGCAAAUUGAAUCCCUAUAAUCCAGUCGAAUGAUGUUGACGACGACAUUCUUUGUAAUCUCUCAGCGACACGCUCUCCACACGCUGGUGGGGCUCCUGCUGGUAUGGAAACUCUUCAUAAUACAUCGUGAAGCUCUCUGUGAUUACUGCGUCCCCCCGAGUUACCACCUCCGCCUGAUAUUUUGCUUGCCAUAGUGCCGUCGAAGCCACAGACUGCUGUAUCUUCUUCUCCGUCACCGUUGCCGGCGCCGGCGGAACCGCGCCGCCUGGUCUCUCCCGCCGAGCCCCCCACAACGACGACUCUCGGAUCUCCAGCGCCGGUGGAACAGCGCCGCCCGUUCUCUCCUGCCGAGUCGCCUCCAUCGACUCUCAAAUCCCCGGCGACUGGGACGGUGACGGUGACGGUGCCCUCAGGGUGUUCAUCUCUCGCGGUUGGUCUCGUCUGUCUCGUGCUCGGUGUCACUGUCACUGCAGCGUCUCUCCAAAUAUAACACAGAGAUUGAAAGAGAGAGAGAGAGUUGACCAUCCAUAUCCCGAUGACGUGGGGAUUUUAUGGAUAAAUGGAUCUCUAUAGGUUUACAUGAGAUAUAUACGAAAAUGUAGUACAACCGGCCGCAAAACAGCGUGAUAGUGUUUAUACUAUGGUGACUUUAACGGCGAGGGGAUUUGUCGCAGAUUCGGAAGUCGCCCAGAACCUGAAGUUCAGGAAGGUUAUUGGGAAGAGGGUGGGGUCUGCCGCCAGAGGAAGGAGGAGGAGGCUUGCCGGAGAAAGAAGGGAUGGGUAGGGAGAUCGACACUUGGAAAAAUCUCAUAUAAAGCCAAAAUAUCAGUAAGAGAACUAUGUCGGCACCAUGUUGGUGUGAGGGACCAGAGAAUCCUUCCUCGGCGAGAUGCCUCCAAGAUGGCACCUUGCCUCUCCGCAAAAAUGACAACCGGCUAGCUUUCUCCGCACAUGACAGUUUGAGAGACGUUGACUUUUUGCCCACCCAGCGAGAUUAUACAUGAUGGCUGCCGCGUCAAAAGCGAAGGACCUGAUCUCCGGGUGGGGUUUCAACGGGCCAUAUGUUGGGCCAGAGAAAACUCCGAUGGCUGACCCGUGGAUGGUCUCUGAGGGAAGACCGACGGAUGGAUGAAGAAAAAGUGAAAUCCGAAGUGGGACAAGAGUCGGGCCGUGGGGUAAGCUCGAGCUGA